UCGUGUUUACAGUCAAAUUUCUGGAAGUAAUAAAGCCGUUUUGCAGUAUAUUGCCAGAAAUCGCAAAACCAGAACGGAAGAUCCAAUUCCGAGAGAAAGUAUUAUGGACAGCAAUCACAUUAUUUAUUUUCUUAGUAUGCUGCCAGAUUCCCUUAUUCGGUAUAAUGUCAUCAGACAGUGCGGAUCCUUUCUACUGGAUCCGUGUCAUCUUAGCUUCGAACAGAGGAACACUUAUGGAACUCGGUAUCUCGCCAAUCGUCACAUCUGGUCUCAUCAUGCAGCUUUUAGCUGGUGCGAAGAUCAUUGAAGUUGGUGACACUCCAAAAGACAGAGCGUUGUUUAACGGCGCUCAGAAAUUAUUUGGUAUGGUAAUCACUGUGGGUCAAGCCAUCGUAUACGUAAUGACUGGCAUGUACGGUGAGCCCAGCGAAAUCGGAGCUGGUGUCUGUCUGCUUAUCAUCAUCCAACUGUUUGUUGCUGGUCUCAUUGUGUUGCUGCUCGACGAGCUGUUGCAAAAAGGAUAUGGUCUCGGAUCUGGUAUCUCACUGUUCAUUGCGACAAACAUUUGUGAAACUAUUGUCUGGAAAGCAUUCUCUCCUGCUACUGUUAAUACUGGCCGCGGCACAGAGUUCGAGGGCGCCGUGAUCGCACUAUUCCACUUGCUAGCCACGCGGCCCGACAAGGUGCGCGCGCUACGCGAGGCCUUCUACCGCCAGAACCUGCCCAACCUCAUGAACUUGCUCGCCACUGUACUCGUCUUCGCGAUAGUCAUAUACUUCCAGGGCUUCCGCGUGGACCUGCCCAUCAAGUCGGCGCGCUACCGCGGCCAGUAUUCGUCGUACCCCAUCAAGCUGUUCUACACCUCCAACAUCCCCAUCAUUCUUCAGUCUGCGCUAGUUUCUAACCUCUACGUCAUUUCGCAAAUGUUAGCCGUCAAAUUCAGCGGCAACUUCCUAGUGAACAUGUUGGGCGUGUGGGCCGACGUCGGCGGCGGCGGCCCUGCACGUGCCUACCCAGUAGGCGGCCUGUGCUACUACUUCAGCCCGCCGGAGUCGCUUGCCCACAUUGCCCACGACCCGUUACAUGCUGUUCUGUACAUCUUCUUCAUGCUGGGCUCCUGCGCCUUCUUCUCCAAGACCUGGAUCGAUGUGUCAGGGUCUUCUGCCAAGGAUGUCGCGAAACAGCUGAAAGAGCAACAGAUGGUAAUGCGCGGCCACCGCGACAACUCCAUGAUCCACGAGUUGAACCGCUACAUCCCGACGGCUGCGGCCUUCGGAGGGCUCUGCAUCGGAGCCCUAUCAGUCUUAGCCGAUUUCCUCGGCGCCAUCGGCUCCGGAACCGGAAUCCUGCUCGCCGUCACCAUCAUCUACCAGUACUUCGAGAUAUUCGUCAAGGAACAGGCCGAGAUGGGAGGCAUGAGCACGCUGUUGUUCUAA